AACUUAUCUUUAGAAGUAAAUAUAAUUCAUAGUCUCUAAAAUUCAGAUAUCAAUGCAAACUAUCAAGACCUUUCUAUCAUUGGUUUCAUUACUUUUUGUUGUUGUGGUUUAUCUUUCAUUUGCUUAAUUUUGAUAUUGAUUGAUUCUUAUGAUCAGGCUAAUUCCAGCUUGUAUAUUUUCUUUUGUACUUUGUUCUUAUAUGAAGACAACUCUGUUUUGUCAUGACUGCAUGCCAAAAAUGAUUGCUUUAUUUCCAAACUAUGACCCUUCAAGAAAGUUCCAUUUUCACUUAAUAUUCUACUAUAUCUCUCUUUCUCUGAAUUUAAAGAUAUCAUUUUUAUUUGUCCAUGAUUUUAGAAAAUUGGUUGGUGUUAUCUCUUCAAUGCUUUAGGUAAUCUCUUUUGUCAUUGUUGUUAUUUUAUACUAUCAUUCUGGUGUCUGAUUGAGACCUUAAGCCAUUUCAGCAAACUAUUUAAUGUUUACUUAAUCUGUUCUGUGGUUUUAAGAGUUUUUGACUAAUUUAUAGUAACAUUUAUUUUAUAGAGGACUUUUACUGACUUCUUUUUUCACUGUUUCAAUCUUUAAGAUAUUUCCUCGUUUUCUUGAUUUGGGGGCUACCAAAAAUCCUACAUAUUCAAGUCUUCUGUUGGAAAAUGAAGGUUAUAUGCAUGUAUAUGAAAAUCCAGCUCGAAUUAUAACAUAGUUUUUAUCUGAUCCUCCAAAGAUCAGCUCAAACACCAAUAUGAGUGUCAACAAUAUAUUGUUUUCUGGUUAAAGACUCAGCAGAGGCAAAAAAGAAAAAUACUCGUUUUGAUUGAUAUAUGCAAAAGGAGGAAGGGAGUAUUUUCUUGGACUUGUGAACAUAGUCUUGAGAUAUGGGUGGAUGUGUUUCGAGUCAAACUAAGAAGAUUAAGUUAAAAUCAAAGUACAUUCCCAAGACUCGCAGGUUUCGAAGGAAGGCGCCAUCUUCUGUUUCUGUUGCACCGAUAGAACAACUUACUGUUGCGGAAAACUAUGUAAGAGAUGUUGAUGUUUGUGAGUUUGUUACAAUAGACUAUGAGAGCCGGGCGUCAAGUCCAGCAUUUCAUCACUCCCAAAACUAUCAUCGAGUUGAUGUAACUGGAUUAAGCCAAGAUGAAGCAUGGUUUGAUUCUUGCAGCGUCCUCGACUCUGAUUCAGAUGAAGACUUUACUAGUGUUCUUGAGGAAGUGUGCCCUUCACUCGUCGUUGCAGCUGGGAGCACAUUGGAUAAUCAAAGUCAAAGUGAAAGCGCUUUACACGUUAACGAUACCAUCAAUAACAGUGAUAUGUCACGUGUAGAUGGAAAUCUUACUAAGCGGAACAACAUUGUGGAGGAUCCAAGUUUGACAUCUCAAAGAAGGAAGUUAUCAGUUGUAACACCUGCUGUUAGUAAAAUACUGCAUGAUGGAGACACGACUACGGAGUUUUGUUCAUCAAGGAGAUUAUUGUAUCAUCCGAGAGCAGGAUUUCUUAUUCCACACUCCAGUGAUGUGAAACCGACUCAAAGAUGUUGGAGUUCGAUAUCACCUUCUGUAUUUAAGCUUCGUGGCAUGAAUUAUUUCAGGGAUAAAAGGAAAUUUCCUGCCCCUAAUUGUUGUCCGUAUGUACCUAUCGGUGUUGAUUUAUUUGUUUGUCCGCGGAAGAUAUCUCACAUUGCACGGCAUCUUGAGCUUCCCUUUGUAGAGCCACAUGAAAAAGUCCCAUCACUGCUCAUCGUCAAUAUACAGCUGCCUAGUUACCCUACUUCAAUGUUCCUUGGGGACUAUGAUGGUGAGGGAACGAGCCUUGUACUAUAUUUCAAAGUUUCAGAGAAUUUUGAAAAAGAGAUAACUCCACAAUUUCAAGACAGCAUAAAGAAAUUUGUAACAGAUGAAAUGGAAACCGUAAAGGGUUUUGCAAAGGAAUCAACAGUUCCUUUCAGGGAAAGACUGAAAAUUAUGGUUGGUGUAGCCAAUCCUGAAGACCUUCAUUUAAAUCCCGCGGAGAAGAAGCUUUUACAUGCGUAUAAUGAAAAACCAGUGCUUUCGCGUCCUCAACAUGCUUUCUACAAGGAAGCCAACUACUUUGAGAUAGACUUGGAUGUUCAUCGUUUCAGCUACAUUUCCAGGAAAGGGUUUGAUGCAUUCAGAGAAAGGCUGAAACAUGGAAUCCUUGAUCUUGGAUUAACAAUUCAGGCACAGAAGCAAGAGGAGCUGCCAGAGAGAGUUUUGUGCUGUGUUCGAUUGAAUAAAAUUGACUUUGUAAAUCGUGGCCAGAUGCCUCAACUUAUAAUUCCUCUUGAUAAUUGAAAUGAUUGAGAGCUAGGCCAAUAGUUGUAAAUAUUUUUGCCACAAAAAAGAGGCUUUGAAUUCUGAAAUGUAACGAUUACACCAAUUUUAUUUGUAUCGAGAGCGAGAAAGAGUCAAAUAAUGAAAUCUGACAAAAAGUGAGUUGAAUUUU